AUGGUCAAGCAAGAAGCAUCUCGGCCAGCGAUCGCACCACUUGAAAAGCCUCAAUCUUGUACGCAUCAAAGGGCGAAAUCGCUAACUGAAGCAAUGACUACGAACUCGGUCUAUGUUAGACUCCCGAGAGAGGGCGACUUCAUCCGCCUCCUUGAACUCUUCCCUGGCAGUCCAUCAGAGCAACUCUCCGGAAAGCUUGUCGUCCACGAUCUCCUCAACGCUGCUCAGGAUUACACCGCAACGUCCUAUGUAUGUGGCAACGACGACCGCUCAGAGCACUAUAUCCUCAUCUCCGGCACCAAGCUAGGUAUCUACAAGAAUGCUGAUGAGGUACUUCGCCGUUUUCGCUCCACCGACGAUAGUGUACAUGUUUGGAUCGACGUCGCGUGUAUCGACCAGGACGAUCCUCUUGAGAAAGCCCGCGAGGUGAAUUUGAUGUACAAGGUCUAUCAGAAUGCUUCAAAGACGAUGAUCUGGAUGGGCCCAUCUGACGAUAGUUCACGCACUGCCAUCACGUACGCAAGGAGUCUCGAUGCCCAAGAAUUUUUGGACGAAUACAUGCCUUACGUUACGCAAUUUGGUUAUAGCUAUUACCACGAGACCAAGUCCUUCGUCCUCGAUAUGCUUGGCAAGCAUCCGCACAAGGAAACCAUCAUCAACUCGUGCGCCAAAUUCCUUCUCAGGCCAUGGUUUACCCGUGUCUGGACAGAGCAGGAGGCAGCCAUGAGUCCUGUCCCGAUCGUCGUCUGUGGAGAAGAUGAGAUACCAUGGGCGCAGAUAUUCGCCCUGGCGUGGAUUUUCCAUCCCAAGGUAACCAUGGCGUGGCCAAAUUGGUUCCUACCGGAUCAUGGCUAUGACAAGCUAGAGCCCAAUAUCUUUGCAGCUGCGGGCAUCCAGAAGUUUCGGGUUCGGCAGAUGUUGGUGGAUAACAACGCCUCCUCCCGAUUUGUUCUGUCAUUAACAGAUGCGAUGCGCGUGGCUUGGCGUCAGAGGUGCUUCGACCCAAGGGACAAGAUUUUCGCCAUGCGCAAUAUUGCGUCGGACCUACAGGCUGACGACUGGGCACCCCAGCCUGACUACACAACUCCAUGGCAGGAAGUGUAUGCGGAUUUUGCAAUACGCAUGGCCGAAAGAGGCAACUCAGAAGCUCUUGGGUGGUCCGGCGUGUGCCAGCAGGGGACUAAUAGUGGGCUUCCUUCCUGGGCGAUUGACUGGAGAGAAUAUCCCUGGACGCAGUACAUCAAUCACAUCGAAUGGUGCGCAGGUGGAAAGAGCUUCACCGCGAAGGCUGAAAGAAUACCUAAAAAACGUCGUCGGGUUGUUGAAAAACUGCUACGGGAGGCCGGACAAGUGAGGCACUCGGUAAGCCAUUGCCUACAGGUUACUGUGAUCAUGCUGGAUGCCUGUGUCUUUCUCGGGGGCACCGCAAAGAAGGCGAAGCGGGUCGACGACGUUCAAAUGUUGAGUCAAGACGUGGCAGAUAUUGACGCCAGAACCCAGGCAUUCGUCAGUGCUCUCCCCUCGUCGAAAUACAUAACGUCUGAGGGUGUCCUCGACGCACUGAACAAGACGCUCAUAGCCAAUACCACGGACGAAGAUGCACUCGCUGAUUCACAAUAUGUGGCAGAAGGUGCGUCCGCAUGGCGUUCGUGGCUAUCAGAAGGAGCGGAUCGGAGCAAAGCACCAAAAUAUCACGACGCUAUUGACAACAUGGACACCCUCAGAUUGAAGCAGUUCGCUGUCUCAGAGCGAGGGUAUUUCUGCCUGGUGCCCAGCAUUGCCAAACUUCAUGAUGUUGUCGCUAUCGUGAAAGGUUACGACAUGCCUGUUGUGCUAAGACCGGUUGGAGGGGACUAUCUCCUCUUGGGUGAUUGUUAUAUUCAUGGCAUGAUGGAGUUAAUGGCUGGGAAUUUGAUCGAAGAGUUUCGUGUCAAGAUACGCGAUGGAAAGACGGUUUGGAAUCCAGCAGGAGAUGUGAGAAGAAACGGUAAGAACAUGGAUGCCGGCGAAUACGUGAGAAUUAUCGAGACACUGGGCGAACGACGCAUUACGCUCGUCUAA